AAGCUGCCAUGAUGCAACUAUCCGAAUAAACUGUGGCUCGUCAGGCCAUAGCUCUUUGCAUAUCUUGUCAGAUCCAAGAGUCAGCAUUGAUGCUGCGACAUGUCUGGACAUCAAACAAAGGGGGAUAAACCCGACUGCCGUGACUCGCAGCCCCUGCAAUUGGCACAUCAAGCCCAGCUUGACAAGAGACAAACUAUAUUACGUGCGUCGAUCUCAAAGCUGGAGCAGCAAAUCCAGGAGACAGAGACUCAGCUCCAAGAAGUGACUUCAAAACUAAGAUCCCCUGAAAAAGCCUCUCAGACAGUUCGAGACCAUAUCCACUUGCUCCAUGCGUACAAUGAAAUCCGAGACAUUGGCCAGGGUCUACUAGGUUUGAUUGCAGAGGCACGCGGAGCCCGGCAUAUAGAUAUUCAGAACGAGUUUGGUGUUACAACAGAAGACUGAGAGAGUUAUGUCAUGCAGUUACCGUAGAAUGCUGAGAACGAAUGGAGGAGAGAAGGCGGUUUUAUUUGACUUUAUCUUCAGCUAAACACACUCAAAAUACGAUGUUUCCUUGACAGAAU